CACGGUUGGUAGCUGCGACAGAGCCUCUUGGGUAAUGAGGCUGUUUAUGAGCUCUGUCUAUAACAAAAGGCUUGUGUAAUCUGCAGCGUUUAUUUAAUUACACAGCGAUUUGACUUCGCCAUUAUAGUCUCGACCAAAACCCCUGGUUUAGUCACGCUGCCUGGAAUACCGUAAAUGGGCGUGACAGCCACAAACAUCAACAACAACAACGCUCCGCUUCCGGUUUCUGGAUGUAGCUGUCAGAUUCCAGCAUCUUUUUAACCGGGAGUCGCUUUAUCAGCAGGUUAGUCGCUUUGUUCAGAUACCGUCCAUUAAUAAUAGUCCGCUGUGCUGUUGUUCCGCACAACUGCCCGCGUUAAAACACGCUGCACAAUCAGCAGCCUGCCCCAGUUUGGCGUCCGUUACGGCUUCAUAAUGAGCGACGGAGAAGUGUUUCACGAGAAGCAACGGUUGGAGCUGUGCGCGAUCCACGCGCUCAACAACGUGCUCCAGGAGCGAGUGUUUACCAAGGAGACCGCCGACGACAUCUGCAAGCGCCUGGCUCCACAGUGUGUGGUCAACCCUCAUCGGUCCGUGUUAGGCACAGGAAACUAUGAUGUGAACGUCAUCAUGGCAGCGCUACAGAGCAGGGAACUGGCUGCUGUGUGGUGGGACAAACGCAGAACAGUACAGAACCUCUGUGUGUCUAAGGUCCAGGGCUUCAUUCUUAAUGUCCCAUCACGAGUAUCCCUUGGCAUCGUAUCCCUCCCACUCCGACGGCGGCACUGGCUCGCGGUUCGACAAGUUAACGGACAGUACUACAACCUAGACUCCAAACUAAAGAGCCCAGUGUGCAUUGGAGGUGAAGCAGAACUACGCUCAUUUCUCAGUGAACAGCUUUCUCAGGAUGUGGCAGAGAUGCUCUUGGUUGUCAAGCGGGAAGUGGAAGAAGACGGCUCGUGGCUGAUCUCUGACAACCCUAACAAGUGAUGCCUUUGGGACAGUACACACCUUUACAUUUUAGCAUGGAAAACUUAAUCCUCUGGGAAAAUGACUUUUAUUUUUAAAGCAAACACCUCAUUACAGAAACAUCUUCAGGGAAUGAACUAAAGUACAUGUAAUAUUAACCACACAGAGGAAGUUCCAAAGAGAAGCAGAUACUGGUUGUUUACUCCUGAAAUGAAGAAUGGUUCUGACUAUAACAGGUUACUUGCUCUGAUGUGAUCCAUGUAUUUGUGGUUUCCUGCUAAUGUUACCUUGGUUUUAAUACUGAAAAGGUGCAGCCAAGAUAUCAGUUUUGCAAACGUGGGCUAGUUUGGUGAAGUUGUUACCCUUGGCUGAACUUGCACUGCCUACUGUUAGAAAGCGUGUAGACGGUGUCUCUGCGCAAAAUGUUUGAAGAAAGACUGUUGGACUUUUAGGAUCCAGCCUCCAAGUUAGAUUAGCAUGUAGGGUCAAAGCGUGUUAGUUACCAAGCAGCACCGGCUGCACCAUCUCUUCCUGCAACCUUUGUUGUUAACCUUCUAUGCACUGCAGAGUUAGAUUUGUUAGCACUGUUUGUUUUUGUGUGUGUGUGUGUGUGUGUGUGUUCAUACAGGCGCCAGUAAUGUGAAGGCGUUACCUAGUGAAGCACUGAAGGCCUAAAGCAUUGUGUUUGCAUGUUUUUAUCCAUUUUCUAAGAAUCACUUUCCAGAUAUUUUUUGUCUCAAUUUUCUAUUAUGAAAUUAAUUUUUGUGAUCUUCAAGUGUUUCUGUUUGAUGUUACCAUAAAGAAAUCAAGCGGCAGAGACUUGAGACAUGGGGUCAGGUGAUGUAUUACAUUCAACUUCUUACCUCUUGGUUUUUAUCAAAGUUAUGUUGUUGUCGUAAUAGUAAUUGUAACACUAAUGCUAAGACAGUGAGGUCUUUCUCUUCAGGUUGAUAUUAACUGCCACUGUCUGUUAGCAAGGAGAAGGAGACAGAAUGUAAAUCUGUGCAAGCAUCCAGGUUGGGCCUGUAACAUUUAUGUUUGUAUUGUUGUCUCUCCUGUUAAUCUAUGCAUAUCCAAACACAUGUCUCUGCUACAAUAGUGACUAAUACUAAUGUACACAUAAACCUAGGCUCUGAGGUUUAUCUUAGAAAUUAUUUAUAUUAAACUUUGACCUGUUGUUUUAA